AUGAACCCCUUGAACUCUCGAAUCUCCCAAGACAGUUACCAUUGGAUCUCGAAAGCAAUCGAUAGUUUGGAUCCCGAGACAGACUAUGAGACCAUAUGGCGUCUGACAUCAAGCUACCAGCUUUCUGACUUCGCCAACAACUUGAUCUACACCCUUACCUUCCCCAACUUUGUCAUUCCCCUACAUGGAGCUGAAGUAGUGUGGCGCUCUGACGGCGGCAAAGUCGUCCAUAAAGCCGCCGACAGAGUCGAGAAGACGGAGCACUACAAUAUGGCGUGGUGGUACUACGGUCCCAGUGAUCAACGUUGCCGAGAUGCCGUUGAGAGAAUCAAUCAGCUACACGCUGGGCUCGCGCGACAGUAUCCUGGAAGAUUUUCCCACAACGAGGACUACGUCUACACCCUGACCUUCAGCGCCGUGUUGAUGCAUCGCCUGAGGAUACGGCUCGGUCUGUCAGGUUUCACGGAAAAGCAGCAGAUUGCUGCUCACCACUUCUGGCGGGACAUGGGUCCUCUGUUCAAAGUCGAAGGCAAAGGAACUGUGAAGGACUAUCCAGGAGAUUUUGAUGGAUGUAUAGCUUUCUGCGAGGCGUAUGAGAAUACACCUCGAGAGUACAACGAGAAAGCUCGAUACAUCGGUUUAUCCAUCUUCAAUCUCUUUGCUUACCGCUAUUUCCCACCGGGCCUGCGAUGGUUCGGCAUGGCGUUCCCCCGAGCGCUUUCUCUGCCAACGACGCUGAGCGCUUUUCGCAUCGAGCCGGCCAACCCCUUACUGGCAGCCAUAAUCAUCUUCAUCGUGAGAACAGUGUUCCUCGUCACGGAGAUCUUGCUGCCCGAUCCCAAAAUCCCAUUCUUCGAAAGAUUGGGGACACUGCCAGAGAUAGAGGCACAAAAGCGGAAAGAGGAGGUAAGGGCCUUGGACAAGUCCUAUGAGCAAUUCAUCAUGUCUCAGUUGAGAGGUCCAGGCUACAGAAACAACGUCUUUGGCAAAAUUCCUCAAUGA